GCCAUUUUCGACUUUCGAGACCGUCAUUUGCACAAAUUUUAAAAGAAGUUGCUCAAUUUAUGGUGCCAUUUCCUGGCAAUUGUUGCCUAAAAUCUGGUAAUAAAGACAAAAUAUCAAUGGACAGGAACGAAGAGGAGGAAUUUAUAGCUGGCGUUGUUGAAGGUAAAUUUAAGCGAGGGACUAUUUUGACUUCGGCGCUGAGUUUUGUUUUGAAAAUGAUGGACUACAAGUUUUAUAUUGAUGUGCUUUUCUACAGGGUUUUAUGGAAGACCGUGGACAUUUGAUCAACGUAAAGAGUUAUUUAGUAGGUAGGAAAAUAUAUGAUAUGUUGUGAAUAUUUUAGAAGUGGUUUUAGAAUUCAGAGAAGCUUCAAUCCGACCUAUGAGAUGUUUGUAGUCUUGCUAAAACUUUUCAAUAGGAAGUGGAAUAACUAUUUAACUCAUGAACAUCCAACACUUGAACACUGUGAUUUAAACAAUGGUCUAUGACAGAUUAGUAUAAAGGUAUUAAAGGCACAGCCCUUAGGAGUCAUGCCUAUUAACCACUGCAGACAAUUUUACAUAUCAAGAGGGAAGUGUUGGGAUUAUUAAUGGGUUGUUCCAGACAAGAUCAAUACUUCCCCCACACAAAAUAUUUGUGCUGUCCAGAGAGGGAGGGGCCCCUUUCAGUUCAAGAUGGAGAGGGGGGGCGAAGCUUAUCUCAAAGUUACUCUUCCAGUCCUGCAGAUCACUAUUUUGCUUGGAAGGAUCGACAAAUGUCCAGUCAAAACAAAAAGUGGUUGAACAUUUAUCAGUUUUGUACCAACUUACUGACAAAAUAAAGUUUUUCAUGUAUUUAAUUAAAUGAUAGCAUGAUGUAUUGCGUGUAUGUUGAUAUGGGCUACCACUAGUGCAAUACAUCUAAAACUGAAUUUAUAUCUAGCAGUCUUAAUGCUUUAGUAGAUUAAUUCUCUGUCCUGAAUUCUGGAAAUGCCCUUGAAUUAAACAGCAUGCAGGCAGCCAACUGGGGACGAGUCAGAUCUGGGAGAAAAUAUUGAGCACCUCCCCAUUGCAAUGGAACAUUAAAGACUGUUUGGCAAUAAAUUUUGUGGGAUAUUUUGGCUACGGCCACAAGAUAAUGUAAAUAAUGUAUGUCAGCCGACUAAAGGGUUCACGACAUGUAUAGGUCUGUAUAGACUUGCCCAAGUCGCUUGCUAGGGACCGCGCGUAGCAAGAAGGGAGCGCUUGAGAAAGACGGAAGCGAGCGACUUGUGUCACUUGCCUGAUUUUGAAUCUUACUGAAAAAUUUGGCGCGAAAAUCAAUUAUGACAUUGUGGGCGUUCACCAUGUUGAUUUCACUAGUUCAUUAUUGUUUUGGCGUCGUUAGUACAGAAUAAUAAUGAGCAUUCACUGACGUCACCGGAGCAAAAAUGCACCAGUGAAUUUGGCGCGCUUGCGGGUGACAAAAGUCUGUCGCUUCCAGGAACCACGAACCGCGGACUUUGGAAAGUCUAAGGUCUGUACUGUAAAUAAGCUAUUUGACAAGCAUUUAUUAUUGUGGAUGCUUCCCCACGCCCGAAAAACUCGCUUGUUUAUAUGUCAAAACUUUCAAGAAUUAAUCAAUGCCCCCUAUAGGGAAGGGCCCACCCCUGAAAGCAAGAGGCAAUCACCAGAGUGAAGCCAAAAUUUUGGCUUCACCCAUUUAUUAGUUGAUCAUUUAUGAUGUGAUGUAUUGUAAUUUUAGGUUGAAGAAAUUAGGAUUAAACUUUUAUCUUUAUGCACCAAAAGAUGAUAUUAAACAUCGAGCGUUAUGGAGAGAAAUGUAUACCCCAGAUGAGUUAGGUAUAUUUAUGUACAUUACUUUAUGCUGAACUCAUUUUUUAUUUACACUUAAUUGUCAGUAGCUUUACAAAAUGUAAUGGUUAGAAUAUUUUCACUAUAGUGAAAAACAAUAUUUAUUUUAUUUUCCAAGACAACUUAAGAUCAUUAAUAAGUUGUGCAAGAGAGCAGAAUAUAGUGUUUAUUUACGCAUUGUCACCUGGCUUGGAUAUGGUCUUUUCAAGUUCUAAAGAAGUUGAUACUUUAAAGAACAAGAUCAAGCAGGUAUGUACAGUCUAGUCUUACUAACAGUGGCUGGUGGGUCACAGGAAGCAUUACAAGAUCCAACAGGCCAUCUUGAUAGGGCAGAGAAAAUGGUGGAUUGGCGGUCAACUUCAGAUAUGUUCGCACUUGCAUUAGCAAGCAAAUUUUAAAAACCACAUCUCUCAAUUUUAUUUAUUUGCCACCAAACACAAAACUACUAGCCUGCACGCUGCAAGUACAUAUAUGUAGUAACAUAUACAACAGUAAUAUAUACUACUACAUAUAAUGAAAAGAAUAUAAUUAUAUAAUUAUAACUAUAAUUAUAUAAUUAUGUCUUAGUAACAUAUACUAAGGCAUAAAAAAAAAUACCUGUGGUUCCGGUUCCCAACUGACCCUAUUUUUUUCUGCCGACCCUAUUAUUUUUUCAACACGAUUGACCAUGCGACCCUAUUUCUCUGGGUGGUUCCAGGCUGCUGCCAAAGUGGCGUCUGUUGUCACACUAAUUAUUGAAAAAACCAUGAAAAAAAUGUUAAAAAAAAAAGAUUUCCGACCUACCGACUCUAAUUUUUUCGAGACAUGAAACCGGAACCACAGGUUUUUUUUUGCGCCUAAGUAUACAUAUAAUGAAAAGAAUUACAUAGACAUAAUUUUCUCACUGUGAUAAAGUUCUGUCAGUUGAUGGCAUAUGAUGUGGUAUCAAUCAUGAUGUUGAUGAUAUUGGUAUAUUUAUUGUAAAUUUGUGUGGUUUGGUACGUACUGCAUGAUAUGCUAUGGUACUCUAUAGUACAUGGUGUGAAUUAUUGCUGCUAUAGUAGCUACUGUAUGCCAAUGGAUGGUACUAUGUGUGGCUAUAUUGCUUUGUUAUGGUGUGGUACAUCUGCCAUGGUAUGGUGUGUUGUUGUGUACGGUAUGUUAUAUAUGAUAUUGGUUGUAGUGUUAAUGGUAGAUGGAUUGAUGGGUUUUGGUUUUAUGUUGUGCUAUAUAUGGUCAAAAUUGGUAAGGUCUCUUCGAUACUCCUGGAUGUUAAUUUUCACCUUGAUUUGUUUGUUCAUCUCUAUUGUAUGCUAUUACUCUUAUGACAUGAUAAACUGACUGUAUAGUAUGUUACUCUGGUAUAUUGCAUUUCAAUCAAUACAAAGUAAAUUAAUAUUUUCAAAUCCAACUAUGAGGACUGGACUAGAUUACAAGUCCGUGCAGGAGACGAAGCCGAAGACUGGGUCAAAAUGCAAGGACCUGAAAUCUAGUCCAGUCCUAAUUGGAGGAUUUGAAAUGACAUCUCGUAUGAAUAAAUCACUACUAAAGUGAGAUCUAUAUACUUGACCAGGUAUCCAAUAUUACCAUGUGAGCAAAAUAAAGCGAUAUGGUUGGCUAAUUUAUCAUGUAUUAUUAAUGAGUUUGACAUCUAUACUCAAUUCACAAAGUCCAUGACAGUAUACAUAUAAUAGAAAGAUUGUCUCACUCCGAUAACUGCAGUCUGAUCACCACCAUAUUUUUCAACUUUUUCCAUGUAGAUAGCAGAUCUUGGUUGUGUUGCAUUUGCCCUGCUUUAUGACGACAUUGAUCCAGAAAUACGUCCUGCUGACAAACAUGCAUUUGAAUCAUUUGCCCAUGCACAAGUCACUGUCACAAAUGAAGUGUUUAAAUUUUUGAGCAAAGCCAAAUAUUUCCUGGUCUGUCCUACAGGUGUGUAAAUAUAAAUAUAUAAAAUGAAUUGAAUUCAUAAUUUCCAUACGGAAAAGACUAAUACGAGAAGAUGGCGUUAUGAAAAUAUCUGUCAGAAACAAAGCUACUGCAGUAUUUAUGUCAAAGAAUGUGGAAAACGUUUAAUAUACUACACACAUAAUAAAAACGCACAAGUUGUAACAAUUACAUUAUCAUUAUCAAACUUUCUGCGAUCACAGUAGGAAUUUUGCAUAGUGUUUAACAAUGAGUCAGUUCCUUCAAACAUUUCUUACAAAUUUGUCAAAGCAUAGAAUUUACCUAUGGCAUGCAAAAUUCUUACUGUGAUCACAGAAACUUUGAUAGGGUAAAACCAGCCUUCACACCAUUGUUUGCAAGGUCGAUCAAAGACUUGAUGACGAUACGUCUAACCAUGAAUAAAGUGAGAGCUCAACCAUUGUUUUCCUGCUUUAGAAUACGCAGCAUCACGAGCUGUCCCAACUGUUGACAAAUCAUCUUAUCUUUCUACACUUGGUAGUCAACUUCAUCCAGCCAUUGAUAUCAUGUGGACAGGUCAGUCAUCAUGUUUGCCAUUGUCAGCCUGGCAGUUAAUAAAACAAUGCAAGGGACUGCACAUCAGCAAACCAUUUGCUGCUAUACUCGAAUCCCUCCCCCCCCCAAAAAAAAAUUUCAGUGCUUUAGCAUAAUGAUUCCAUGUUUUCAGCAACCUGUUCAGAUAUAAUUGUAGGCCAGACGCUCUCUAAUGUUACUGUACAUUGUCUAUUGAGUCCCCAAAUCUCUCCUUCACAACUAAGGCGCUGGUCAAACGAAGAUGUGAGCUGGCAUGAGACAUGAGUCACGCAUUAUACAGGCGACAUUUCGAGCUGAUUAAGAAAAUAAAAAAUUGAUGAAUGUUCCUACUAUGUUUUAACUUAAAUAAAAUACAUGAUAGUGUUGGGAAAACAUUAAGAACAGCUAACCAAGAUCUCGUGACUGCCAACUCUCAUACACUCUCAUACUCGUUUGAUCGAUCGGACCUAAGAAAUAGAGUACAGUACAGGGUGCGAUAAUUCGCGUACUUACAUACCGGAGGUAUGGAGUACCGGUCAGGUACGACUAACAAUAAUGAAUUGUCGCACCCUGACAAUAGAGCCCCACUCGAACUCCCAAAGGGGGCGGAAAAUUUUUCGAGUCAGCGGGGGUUCUAGUUAACGGGGUCGGGGUCGUUUUAUGAAUCAUCACAACCUAAGUUAAGCAGUACCUAUCAGCAUCAGCUAAAUCAGUAAUGAUCGACGCAACUUUUGAACCUUUUAUUACGUUUGUGUAUAUUAUAUACCGAUAUGCUCUGACAUUUUGAAGUUUGCCGAUCCACGUCUCAAAAAUACGUUUUGAGUUAACCGGGUAAAUUUGACCAAGGACGAAUGAAGUCUGUUGAAUUGUCGCACCCUGACAGUAGUUAGCGGGGAUUUCGAGUUAGCGGGGAUUUCGAGUUAGCGGGGAUUUCGAGUUAGCGGGGAUUUCGAGUUAACAGAGUUCUACUGUACAUGUACACUGAUUAUAGGUUUAUGAUUUGACCUGAUGGAAUUCAUGUUAGAGAAUUGCGUUCAUACUUUAAUAUUGCUGAGAGUCCGUUCUAUAUAGUAGGAAACUGCGUUCAUUCCAAAGCGUUUUGACUACAUUAAGCUCACCUUUCCAAGAAAUUGCCUCUUCAAAUGUGUGUGAAAUAAAAAAAGGAGCUAAAUGAAAAAUUUACGGUCCACCCCAGCCUAGUCCCAGUCGUUCUGAAGCAAGCGCGAGAAAAAACGCGGAUGUAGUAUGAGACUGGGACCUAGGUGUCAGGUGUGACGUCACAGCUGAAGGUGCUUCACACCCAGGCAUAAAACGUAUUUAUAAAAUAUAUCAAAGCAGCGUUCAGCGCGAGAGCCUGGGGCUAGGCUGGCUCCACCCAUAAUUAUGAAUCCUGAUCGCGGGCAUCGCCGAUUACUAUCGGGUACACACGUAAAAACGCACAAGUUGUAACAAACGUGCAGUAGACUAUAGCAAUGCUGCCCCCAACAACUUGUCAACAAGAUGUGUUGCUUGUUCCCAGCUUGUUGACAACUUGCUUCAAGGUUGUUGAGCUCAACAGACUUGUUACAAGUUGUCCCAACAACUUGUUACCGUCCUGCAAUUCAACAAUUUGUCAACAAGUUGUGAGUCACAAUCUUGUAGCAACUUGAUAAAAUAACAGCGUUGUUACAACUUGUUGACAAGCUUGCUACAAAGCCUGUGGCGAACACAUCGUGUUGACAAGUUGUGAGAAUUUUACAUGUGUACUUGGGUGAACUCAAAAACGAUUCUCAUUUAGGUCCAAAAGUUGUUUCGAAAGUGAUCACAACACAUUCCAUCAGAGUCGUUGCAAACGUUUUAAAACGUAAGCCAGUCAUCUGGGAUAACAUACACGCAAAUGAUUACGACCAACGACGAUUGUUCCUUGGACCUUACGAUGGACGUCCCAUUCAUUUAUACACACAUCUGCGCGGUAUUCUAACAAACCCAAACUGUGAAUUUGAAAGUAACUUUAUAGCUAUACAUACAUUGUCCACUUGGAUUAAAUGUGCACGUGUCACUUUCUUCGGCGAAGAAGAAGCUUCUCCACGGAAUACUUCCAAUACUAAAGAGACCAAAGACAUUAUAGAACCUAUGGAGGAUGAAUCCGUUGUUGAUUCAAAUUUAAGCGGGAACCAAUCGGAAAGUAAAGAUUUAGGCGUUGAUUCAAAGGAGGAAAAAAUAGACUCUACCAUGGACACAGAUAUAGAACCUACUACGAGCCCAGUGGUGAUUGAACCAGUUUUACCAAAAUCUAUCACAAUUCUCAAAGCGUACGAUCCCGAGGAAGCUGUAAAACUUGCAGUCACAGAAUGGCUCCAGGAAUUCAGUAAUCCAAAAAGUGUUAUAUUUAAUACGUACGCUAAAAGUGGAACAUUUUCUGUAGUCAAUAACUCGACACCAGUUCAAAGUACUGCAAGCAUACCAACGCAGACAGAUGUGACAAGCGCAAUACUUAAAGAUUCAGUUAAAGUCAUUUCAGCUCCAUCGCCUGUGAAAGUAGCCAAGGCGAAAAGCAGAAACAAGACAAAGAAAGAUAUGGAAGCCGAACGUAAGGUUGCAGUUUAUUUUUAUAUGCGCAUUUUUGUUUUUCAUUUUGUUCGUUUUAAGAUAUACAUAUGAGUCGCGAUUUAGGAACAGUUACUAUUUUUAACAUUUUAGGAUUAGGGUUUGGAUUAGGGAAAGGGUUAGGAUUAGGGUUGGGAUUAAUAUUGAUUAAUAUCCACUCUUACCCACCCUUACCCAUGCAGCAAAGAAUUCUAAACAUAGGUUUUUGCUGGGCAUUAAAUUUUACAACGAAGAGGCACACCCUAAAAACACCCUGCCCCCUGGUUAAAUUUCCUGGUUAAUUUAACCCAUAGAAAUAUGGGUUAAAUUAACUGUAGCUGGAAAGAGCAUCUUAAAAUGAGUAAAAUUGCAAAGUUUGGUUACGAAUUGUUGUAACAUGAGGAAAAUAUAGUUUUGUGAAUUUCGCAAAUUUUGUAUAUAUUUGCAUUACGUGCGGAAAAAAAUAACCAUUUUCGAGCCGAAAGUGGUUAUUUUUACCGCUCGUAAUACAAAUGUAUACAAAAUUUGCGAACUUCACAGGGCUAUAUUUUCUUCGAAACGUCGAGUUUCUGCUUAUUUUUUAAGGUAGUAACAUUUUGUAACCAAUCUUUGCAGUUUUACUCAUUCUAAGACGCUCUUUCUGGCUGUGGUGUUGCAUUCAUAGAUAUCUUAUAUACACUAUAUAGCGCAUCUCUUUUAGUAAAAUUGAAGCCAAGAGUAUUCCAGCGGUUACCCCCAUUUGAAUAGAUGGCGGCCAUGUUGGUCGUUCCCACUCGCUAAUAAACGGUUAAAAACAACAAUAACUUUCAUCAUCUGAAUAGUUUGAAAAUGUAUUUGGAAUAGGGUUAACUUGAUGUUUACGUUCCCUGUUUAAGAAAUAGAAAACAUACGGAUUUUCUCAUUUCAUGGGAACGACCUGAGACUGCAAUCACGGCUUCAAUUUUUGAAUUGCAGAAUAGUUAGAUGCACUAUCUAGUGUAUAUAAGAUAUCUAUGGUUUCAUUUCCUUCUUCUUGCCUUGAUCAAAAUUUAGUCUAUAGCUGGAAUCGCCCAUUGAAAGAUUUAUUUUACUUUUCUCGCCUCACUGAAAGGCAGCAAUAAAAUUUCAAUUUAGAUGUUCCGGCGGCCGAUUCGUGUGUUGGCGAGGAAAUGGAAGUAGUGGAAACAAAAACUGAGAUUAAAGAUGAAGUUUGCCAACAUAAACAUGAACUACCAUUUCGAUUAACUGUCGAUGAUCUUCUCUUAUUGGUUGAUUUCUUUUAUCUUCCUCAUCAACAUGGCAAGAGAGCAAUCCAGAUUCUUAACGAGUUCAGAUGGUUGAAAGCAAACUCCAUCAAGUCUGAUGAGAUGUCUGAUACGGAGAGCGCAAAAAAGGUUUGGACUGAAUUUCGUUCUUGAGUAAGGAGUUAGAAGCUGUUGAGAAGGGAAGAGAAGCGUGGGGCAUAAUAUAGGUUACGAAGAAAAAAAGUUAGGAAUAAACUAAACUACUUUGUUUAUAUCGGGGCAGUCCUUUAUGAUCAAGUUUUACUACUGGAGAAAACACGAAUUUCAAUUACUACAUAGAUAGUGAUCCAGUUAGGAUCUCUGGUUGAUCCAGUUUUAAUACAGGAGAAAAGCUGAAUUUUAAACUUAACGUCAUCUGUGCAGUAUAGUAUACACUAUAUGUGUAUAGACAGGGUUGCCCGGAGACAUGUGGGGGCUGAGGCAAGAUUGUAAACAACGUUCAAUUUUACUAUAUAUUUAAUAACAUUUAAA